AAAACAAGUCUUUAUUGUGAAAUUCACGUCAGCAGCGGAUGGUCAACAUUGACGUUUGUUAUGUCGCCACCCAUAGGCUGUAUCAAACAUUGCAUGUUUCAAAACUCCAGCAUGACGUCACGACAUCCGCGACAAACGUUUACCAAACAGUGCUGCGACUGAAACGUUGAUAUAUAUAUGUAUAUAUAUUCAAGGAACGUCUCGAAAGACCAUUCAUUCGGUGACUCACCGUGUCCCCAUUAGUAACUGUCAGCUGGGUGAUGAUGGUGACCUGUUCAUCGUUGCUUCUGAUGGAUGUCUGAGGUGCUGACUCAGCAGACGCAUGUCUCGUAUCAGGAGCACGUUGGACAAUGUGACCAAAGCUGUCGGCAACACCGACUUCAUCUCCAAGUUCUCUCGCCUUAAGCCUGGAAGCUCCGACGGCACCAGUGUGGAGAAGGUUCUGGUCAAAGCCGAGACGCUGAGCUGUAAAGAUGCAGCCACUGAGCAUCACGUGGACCAACCCAAGGAAAUGUCGGACUCUGACCUGAAGCCCAAACCCAGCCUACAGCUGUUCCAUCCCUCAACCCUGAGUACCAACAUGGACGACACCUACCGGACGCUCGCUCAGCAUAUCAACAGUUACUUCGGCCAGACUAGUGGGGAGCAGCACGUCCCGGAGCCUCCUGAACCCAAACCUUCCACAGCCUCAGCUCCAGAACCCUCGACCGCUCCUGUUGUCCAGCCAGCUCCGACCAGUUCUCCCAAAAAAGGCUUCACACAGUACCUAUCGUACCCACGGCCCAGUGUGCAGGCCUUUGUCGGGAGCUACAUUGCUCCGCUGGUGCCCAAAUUCCGGUCCGAUACCAAAAGUGGAACAUCGGAGAAACAUCCAGCAGCUUCUGAGGAGACGCCAGUGAAGGAGACUGAGAUGAAGAACGAGGAAGAAGAAGCACAGCGCCGCCUGCUGGCUCAGAGGGAGAAGAUCAUUGCCCGAGUCAGUGUGGACAACAGGACCCGAUCUCUGGUCAAAGGUCUCCAGAGAGUCACAGAUGUUCGAAUCCUGACCGAUCGGGUAGAGCAGCUCAGUGUUCACCUGCUUGAGUUCCCAGAAACUCGGGGCGUCGCAAGCAAGGAAGGGGCGCUGCCGUGCUUGUUGCGCCUGCGUCAGGCGUCUGAUGUGCGACUGCAGGCGGCGGUCAGAGAGGCGCUGGCUUUGAUUGGCUACAACGAUCCUGUUAGAGGGCGAGGAAUUCGAGUCCUUGCGAUAGACGGAGGCGGAACCAGAGGGCUUCUAGCGCUGCAGACCCUCCACCAGCUGGAGACCCUGACGGGGAAGCGAGUCCACCAACUCUUUGACUACAUCUGCGGAGUCAGCACUGGAGCCAUCCUGGCUUUCAUGCUGGGCAUCUUCAAGAUCCCCCUGCAGGAGUGCGAGCAGAUGUACCGCAAGCUGGGCUCCGAUGUCUUCAAGCAGAACGUCAUCGUGGGGACAGUCAAGAUGGGAUGGAGCCAUGCCUUCUACGACAGCGAGAUCUGGGAGAACAUCCUCAAAGAGCGUAUGGGCGAGGGCCGGAUGAUUGAGAGUGCCCGAGAUCCCCACUGUCCCAAAGUGUCAGCAGUGAGCACCAUCGUCAACAGGGGUCUCCCAUUGAAAGCCUUCGUGUUCAGGAACUACAGGCUGAUGCCCGGAGUCCGGUCCCACUACCCUGGAGACUGUCAGCACAAGAUGUGGCAGGCCAUCCGAGCCUCGUCUGCCGCUCCUGGCUACUUCCAGGAGUUCGUGUUGGGCAAAGACCUGCACCAGGACGGUGGCCUCCUGAUCAACAACCCGACGGCACUUGCCAUCCACGAGUGCAAAUGUCUGUGGCCCAACACACCGCUGCAGUGCGUGCUGUCUCUGGGCACCGGGCGUCACGAGACCACUAGCAAGAACGGGACCACGUACACCAGCCUGAAGGACAAGCUCACCAACGUGAUCAGCAGCGCCACUGACACAGAAGAGGUCCACACCAUGCUUGACGCCCUGCUGCCCCCGGACACCUACUUCCGCUUCAACCCGCACAUGAGUGAGGAUGUCCCGCUGAACGAGAGCCGCGUGGACAAGCUGGACUUCCUGAUGGCUGAGGGCCAGCGCUACUUGGAGCGCAAUGACGCCAAGCUGCGCAAGGCAGCGAGCGUUCUGGGCCAGGAAAAGGGUGCCAUUCAGAGGUUGGCCGAGUGGGCCAAGCUGAAGGCUGCAAUGUAUGAAGGUCCACCCUUCCGUUCCAAACUAUAGGAGGUAUGAGAGGGAAGUGGAGCGGGACAGCAGAGACUGGAAUCAACGUUUUUGGGCGUCCAAGCACAGAAACCUUCAACCAUGAUGAUGUUGUUCACAGUAUUGCCAGGAAACACACUGAUUUCAUUUUUAACCUUUAAAACUUGACUCACUACCAUGGCAGUGUUAGAGAAGGUGAAACAAGGAUUCUGUCACAUUCUCUUGCAUUAAGACCAACAACCAACUAAUUUAACCACCACACAGCACUUUUAUGGUGAUAUUUUAUCAAACAAAAAAUCACUGACCAAAAUCACUGAACUCUUUUUAAAUGAAUUGUUUAAUUUACAAAACCAGAGUUCACAUUUGAUGUUAAAAUCAACAUGUUUCUUUUUAAUUUCUUUCAUUUUUUUAUAAAGCAAAAUAUAACUGGCAAAAGGAAUUCAAUUCUACAAAUAAGCUGAAGGUGUUCUGACAGAUUUCACUGUUGAUGUUCUCUCACUAAAGUGUUUACCAACUCCUCUGUGUUUUGGAGUCUAAUCUGAGGGUUGAUUCAAUCCAGACAAGUACUUGCUGACUUGAUUCCCUGAAGAUGAAAUAAAACUUGAAGCACCUUGUCAGGAAACUGAAAAUAAAGAAUGUGUUUACAAUUUAAGUGAUUUGGGCUUUUUUGUGAAGCUGCAUGUUGGAGCUCACAAACAGUCUGGAAUCUAUCUUUGUUACUGAUAAUUCAUUUAACACUGAAACCCUGAAAUAAAUUCUGUCGCCUA